GUAAUGUCGAGAGCAGCACGCAUAGAGGAAAGCUGGGAUUUGAUGGGAUUAGGGGAAAUACUGUGAUCGAGCUUGGCGGAAAAAUAACCUCACGGUGUUCUCAGAUUAAUCCAAGGAGACUUUAUCUCAAUCCUCCACAAUUUACCAACUCGCGUAACCCUCAUAAGAAAGCCUCUUAAUUAGAGAAGAUGGAGGAAGAAGAUAAAGGAGAAAAUACUUCUGCUGUCCCAGGUGUUGAAAGUGGAACAUCAAACCAGGAAAUUAAAUCAGAAAAUCCCAUCGAUGCGUCGGGCGCCACUGUCCAGGAUGGAGCAGAUGAAGGUGCAUUAGACUCGAAAGAAGAGGCAAUGGUAGAAGAGGCAGAAAGCGAACAACAGGCGACAGAUCAUAAGCCGGUCGCUGACGAAGAAACCAUCGUUGAGGAAUGUUCAUCCGAAUGUGCACCAUUACAACUAAAUCCCGCAGAGGACGAUCCGCCAAUUGCCCAGGUGGAGGAUGAAGAAAUGGUUGUAGAGGAGUACGUUAAUGAAAAUGAGAAACCUGAUCCAUCUGCCGAAUGUGAAAAGCUGGAUGAACACGAUGUGGAGCAUGCUAAAAAUUCGGUGGAACAUUCGGUUACUAAACGUAAUGAUAAAGAAGAUGGAGAUAGUGACAAAUAUGAUAGUGCUGUAGAGGAAAUGGAAACGGAUCAUCCCGAGCACCGGGAGCCUCAUGCUGUCGAAUCCGAACCGGGUCAUACGGAAAACCGGGAAGUUCAGGCUCAAGAUUCCGAAUCGGAUCACCCAGAGCAGCGAGAUCUUAAAACCCAAGAGUCCGAUUAUAAUCAUCCAGAGCACCAAGAUAAUAAAACAGAAUCCGUAUCGGAAAGACAAGAAGCAGUCGAAUUGGCUGCCCCGGAUGAUUCGUCGAAAGAGGUAGAACAGGGUCAGCAGUCCAUAGAGAGACAACUUGACCAUGCAAUCAAUACUUCGUCUCAUUUGCAGGACAUAGAAAUGACAAAUGUAGAUGAAAGUGUACAUGUUAAGUGUGACGCAGAUCACUCGAUCGAUGCUUCUACGGCAGAAGAUCCUUUCGAGCAGCUGCGACACUCGACCAGCGAAGUCAUCAGCCAUAACGAUGGGGAAAAUCAAGAAGAUAGAGAGGGCGAAGAACACGAAGAUGAUAGUGCAGUUGAUAAACUACAUGAUGAACGGCAUGAGAAUGAUGCCACCAAGCAUCAGGAUGAAACUAACAAGGAUGACGAGCCAUUGACUGAGUCGGAGCAGAAUAAUGAGGAACAAAAUGCUGUUGACGAAGCAGCAAAGGAAACGAAUAGCAGCAGCACUUCAGAACCAACAGCGGAAGAUGAGUCCAACGCUGUGGUAGACGAAGAAAGAGGAGGAGAGAAUGAAAACAUUUGUUUGUUGCCGGAUGAUGAGAGAGCGAUAUCCGAUGCAGACAAGCAAAGUGCCGUGGAACAAGAAGCGACUGUAACCGAACAAUCCAUGGCAAUCGCAAAUGACGAAGUGGAGAGCAGAGUGGAAGAAGAAACGUCCAGGGGAAGUCAUGAAGAGGAAGAAGAAGAAGGUCGAGCAAGCUUUGUAUCGCCAUUAGAAGAAGAAGGUGCUACUGAAGAAAAUGAUCCUCAAUCGGCGACAACCGAAAUGGUGGAAGAUAUGGAGGUGGAUUUGCCAGGCGUGCAAACGGAAGAUUCUCCUAACAGGGAAAAUCAAAUCCGAGAGUUAGCUAUACUGGCCGAAACGGAAACAUGUUUCCAGUGUAAAAAGGAAUUGUGGCCUUGCCUGUACACACUUUCUGGUGAGGCGACCAAUGAAGAAUCCACCCAGCAGUACAUUUGUUCGUUCGAUUGUGUUCAGCGCCUUCGCACCGAUCAUCCUGGUAAGUUUGAAUUGAUACAGCGUCGAGUGACAAUUAUGCCGAUCCUCGAACAUCAGGAAACUUGCGUGCGUUGUGGCGAGCCGCAAUUGUGCCGGUACCGAUAUAAGCUGGACGAUGGCACUUAUACGUACCUUUGCGAUUCGAAAUGUGUCGAGCAUUUAACAGCGAUUAACAAAGAAAAAUACAGUCUGGCGAAGAAAAGAUACAUCAUCGAGGAACGGGCCGCUCCGCACGUAGAGGACAAACGAUGCGUUCAGUGCAGCGACACGAAACCGUGUCAGUUUGAGUUCAAACAGGAUGAGGAGCAGUUUCAUGUCUGCAAUGACUGUGUUGAUCUACUGAUGACGGAACAUCCCGACUUAUUCCGAUUGCAUCGGCGUCGCUCGGUACGUGUUCGUAAUCUUGGCAAGGAAAGCGCAACUGGUGGCGGUGUAGGCGGCACGAGUAGUUCGAGGGGGGAAGUGGUGAAAUUCACCGCCCGCACCGAAGAGGAAGCUGAUGCAGCACGAAUCGAGCGGGAAGCUUCAUUUCUCCGUUCCUGCAACGAAUGUCAGAAAACGCUACAGAUCCUCUCGGCCAGAUGGUUACAGUGGGAAACGAUGGAGUUUUGCGACGAGAAGUGUCUCGGUGCGUAUCAGGCUUCGAACGGUUCGCACUGCGUCCAAUGUCGGAAAGUCGUUUCAGUGAACAGCAUGGGCAAGUUUUGCGUUCGCUUUGGAUUCAGUAUUUGCCAGUUCUGUAGCGCAGCAUGUCUAGAAAGCUAUAAGAAAGCGCUCAAAACAUGCUCCUACUGUCAGCAAAGCAUUAGUAAACAAAACGAUCAGCUUGAGUUUCGAGUGGGUCGAAUCGGUGAAAUGGGUGUGUUGAAAGAUUUCUGCAGUGCUCUGUGUCACAGGAUGUACCAGGCGUGCCUGAAUCCGUCGCUGAAACACAAAUCCCACGUCUGCGGUGUGUGCAAUCAUGAUAAAAUGACACAGCUGAUUGUGCACCUUGAAGGGAGGGAGCAUUAUUUCUGCAGCACACCAUGCUUUUCCGCGUUCAAGUUCGUAAACAACGUCAAUCCAGAUGAGUGCGCCAUGUGCAAGGAUUAUUUUGAACGAAAAUCUAGCGCAUCGUACACGAUCUACCAACAGGGACAAUCUGCCCAUCUUGAUCCGUUGGCGUUCUGCACGAAGAUGUGUUUAAACCUGUACAUUUCAACCAGUCGAGAGAUUGUGCCGUGCAAUUGGUGCAAGGUUAAAAAGUAUACUUUCGAUAUGAUUCUACGUCCCUCCACGAUGGAAAGACACUGCUCGCUGCACUGCUUGACACUUUCCGAGGUAUCUUCGAGCGUGAAAUUAACGCCGUGUGAUCAUUGUCUGCUUGUCCGAACUGCACAGUACGAGCUAAAUAUGUCCGACUCGAGUUUGCGCAUAUUCUGUACCUAUCAAUGUCUAAUGAAAUUCCAGAGCCAGUUCAGUAAAACGAAACCGAUCGGACCCGCAGUGGGUCCCGUUCCGAUGGGUAUUCCGAAGCGUAUUCCCCGAGCUACUACAACGGCAACGAUCACUCAUCAGGGGGUUACAGCGCAGCCAACACCACCAAAGGUGGCACAAACUACUGGCGUUAGAACUGCUGCUACUGAUACGGGGGCAACGCGGCCACGGGGGCGACCUGCGAAGUCGAUAGCGAUACCGAAUGCUGCCUCUGCCACUAACAACAACAGUAGCAAAAACGGUCAAGGAUCAAAUCUUCCCGUUAUAACGUCAGUCCAUUCGCUAGCCGGUGCAAUCAAUAAUCGCGCAACACGGCCCAAACCAGGCCAGAUAAAUUUGAAUCAGAAAAAUUGGCCCGAAUUGCGUGUGGCUCUGGAGCCACUCACGAAUAUUCCUGCAUCUGGAAGAGUACCGCUUAGCAGUAUACUACCAAACGCCAAUACGCGGACGGAUUUAUCAUCAGGUGGGACGACGACUGCUUCUAGUGGUACGAAAAACGCAUCCGUUUCGGCAUCGACAUCAACAUUUGCGCCGUCUCCGGAUCCAGAUUCAACACCAGCACCGGACGAUGAUUAUCCUGCUUCACCUGCGCCAUCCGCACCUUCGCCGGUGACAAGGACCAGAGUCGAAACGCACACUCAGAUUGUGACAAUUCCUCCCACACCAACGCAGGUGGCAAAUGCAGCGACCAUGUGCAAACCGCUUCAACUGACGAAGAGCAUCUCCUGCCGGCCAAUUCAGUGCAACGUCGCAUGCCAAACGGAGGAAAGGUUACAGCGCAAGAUCGUCAUUCCAAUACCGGUACCGAUCUACAUGCCUGUGCCGAUGUUUAUGUACUCGAUGCCAACUCCAGUGCCGGUCCCGAUUCCGCUGCCGAUCCCAGUGCCCAUCUUUGUACCGACUACUCGCAAUUCCGCCGGUGGUAUCAUGAAGGAGAUAAAGAAAAUUCAAGAUAAAAUGCCCACCGAUCCUUACGAGGCAGAGCUUUUGAUGAUGGCGGAGAUGGUGGCGGGUGACAAGAAAAAGGACGAAAGUGACUCCGACUCUGACGAUGGGGCUGGUGUGGGCGACGAUCAUUACGGCACAACGGAGGCGGUAGUGACCAGCGAUGGAAUGGAACAUAAUACAUCGUUCAGUGAGGAUCUGGUGCAGAUGGCAUUGAAGAUGGCUUCGAACGAUUUUUCCGAAACCCAGGUUGACUUGGAAUCGGCCAUGCAAGCCAAUACGAUCACGCAACAGCAGCAACAGCACCACGGCUACGGUGAUCUGCAGCAGCAUCAUCAUCAGCAGCAACAGCUCCUUUUGAUAGAACAGCAACGGCAAGUUGCAUCGCCAAUUGUUCAGCGUGGUCGCAAGCGAGGUUCGACUAUGGGUACGCGCUCCAGUACGACGGCAAACAAUAACGCGCAACAACAACAGCACAGCUUAACUCCAUCAUCCAAGCGCAUCAAGCGCGAGCAGCUGGGUGAACCGUCGCCGGAACCGGUGAAUCGAAUAGUGGAACCAGUUGAGAAACCGGACGCUAACAUGUGCCUCAAGUACACGUUCGGAGUGAACGCCUGGAAGCAAUGGGUGGUAACGAAAAAUGCCGAUCUAGAGAAAAGCUCGAUCCGUCGGAAACCGUUCAAAUCCGACAUCCUGCAGCUGACAGCCGACGAGCUUAACUAUUCACUAUGCUUGUUUGUGAACGAAGUGCGGAAACCUAACGGCACCGAGUACGCACCGGACACGAUCUACUAUCUCGUGCUAGGAAUACAGCAAUAUUUGUUCCAAAAUGGAAGAGUGGAAAACAUUUUCACCGAUGCGUACUAUGAACGAUUCACCGAUUGUUUGGAUGAGGUUGCCAAAAAGUUUUCCAUGCUCUACAACGAUUCCCAAUUUAUCGUAACACGAGUGGAAGAAGAGCAUCUCUGGGAAUGCAAACAACUUGGGGCCCAUUCACCUCACGUGCUGCUCAGUACGCUAAUGUUUUUCAACACGAAGCAUUUUAAUCUGGUUUCUGUUGAAGAACACAUGGAACUUAGCUUUUCGCAUAUCAUGAAGCAUUGGAAACGGACACCUCAGCAAGGCGCUAAAUCGACAGCCACAAGGAACGUUUUGCUUCGAUUUUAUCCACCGCAGUCAUCACUUGCUAAUAAUACGAGAAAGAAAAAAGUUUAUGAACAGCAAGAAAAUGAAGAAGAUCCCCUAAGAUGUCCUGUGAAGCUCUAUGAGUUCUAUCUGUCGAAAUGCCCCGAGAGUGUAAAAACACGCAAUGAUGUGUUUUAUCUGCAGCCAGAACGUUCCUGCGUUCCGGAUUCUCCCGUGUGGUAUUCCACGCAGCCACUGAGCAAAGAAGCGCUCACGAAAAUGUUGCAUCGCGUAAAGAUGGUAAAGGAGAUCAACAUUGCAUUACUUACAAGCUAAUGAAUGGAAUGAUGCACGGUGUAGCAGUAGCAGCAGCUGCAGCAAGAUCUUUUACUACGCGUACGCUGAUUGGUGGUGUCGGUUCCAGUGGUCGUUGUGUGAAAUCUUGGAAUAUGUGGCAUUCAGUCCUGGCCAAAAGUUUGUAAUUGCAACGGUUCAUUAGUUCCACCAUCUGAAGCACACAGUUUUCGCUAUAGAUUUAUAUAAAUUGUGCAGUAAAAAGAGUGGCUGUAACUGUUUCAUACACGAAGCAAGCAAUUACGCUGAUUACAUUUUACUACUAAAGUAAUGUAUCACUAUGGCAAGAAUAACUGGGCGAUUAUUAUUCUGGGCGUUCAUAAAUAGGUCAAGAGUAAAAUUAAAAUUUAAGCAGCGGAACGUUGGUUAACGAUCCUGCAUCUCUUGAAACGCAGGAGCUUACAAGCAGAAGAGGAGAAGUGCACUAGAAUCUGUGCGAAGCACGUAAGUCAGUAAAAAAACAAGCCGUGUUUCGGACAAUGGUAAAUACACUGAUAUAUAGUGAUCAGCGUGUUCUUCUCUAGAUUGAGCUGGAAGUCAUGUUAAUGUUUAGUGGUGUGCUGCAAGAUCAUAUUGUUUUCUUUCUUGGAUUAUCGGAACUAUCGUGCUUUUUUGGAGAUCCAUUUGUUUCACAUUUCUCUUAAGUUUUGUUCAUAAAAUGCAGUGUACAAAGCAAGGAAGCAAACUUAUAAGAUAGCCAUACUUGUCAACGGUGUGUCUGUACAUAGAUGUACACAAACGAAACAUAAAGCAGAAGUCUCCUCAAAAUACAUGGAUGUAGAUCUUGAUAGUAGAGUUUUUUCUUGAAGCUAUAGAAAACAUUAGAUUCCAUGCAAUUACGUAGGCAUUCGUACAUCCAAUGCUAAAUAAUAAAGUAAGAACAUAUUUCGUAACUAAUCA